AUCGUCUCUUGUUAAUAUCGAUGUAAAAUCCCAAUCGUCAUUCUCAUUUCCAUUUUUUGAUAGAUGAGAAAACUCAACCGUCUCUAGUAUAAGUUAUAAAGUCACUUUUAUUUUUCGAAAAAAAAAAAAAAGAAAAAAACUUUCUAAAGUUUCAUUUUUUAUUGCUGUAAUGGCGAUGAGAGAGCUCUCGGAGGUUGAGAGAGAUAGCGAGGAUGAAGAAGAAGAAGUAUGGGUCAAACACUACUCAUCGAACCACCAGAUACUUCUCGUCGGCGAAGGAGAUUUCUCAUUCUCUCACAGCUUAGCUACUCUCUUCGGCUCUGCUUCCAAUAUCUGCGCUUCCUCUCUCGAUUCAUACGAUACUUUGGUUAGAAAGUACAAGAAGGCAAGAUCAAAUCUUGAAACUUUGAAGCGACUUGGAGCAUUACUUUUACAUGGAGUUGAUGCAACCACACUGCAAUUUCAUCCUGAUUUUCGUUAUAGAAGAUUUGAUCGUGUCAUUUUCAACUUCCCCCACGCUGGUUUCCACGGCAAAGAGUCUGAUUCCUCUCUUAUACGGAAGCAUAGAGAGCUGGUGUUUGGAUUUUUCCAUGGUGCAAGCCGUUUGCUAAGAGAUAAUGGACAAGUUCAUGUCUCGCACAAGAACAAAGCACCUUUCUGUAACUGGAAUCUUGAGGAGCUCGCUAGCAGAUGCUUUCUUGUGUUAAUUCAACGUGUGGCGUUCGAGAAGAGCAGUUACCCUGGUUAUGAGAAUAAGAGAGGAGAUGGGACUAGAUGUGACCAACCUUUCCUUUUGGGAGAGUGCAGUACUUUCAAAUUCAGAUUCUCUCGCGUCGCUAAGGAGCUGUAUGCAGAGAAGGUAAAAGGGAAGGAACAAGCAUCAAAUCUUCCCCAAGGUCUUAUAAAUAUGCAGCCUGCAGUGUCAUUUGAUCAUGGGUAUCCCCAACAAAUUGAAUUUCACGGUGUUAGCCAAAGACCAGUUCCGUUUGAUCUCAGCUAUCGCGGAGGAGACUAUAACUUUUGGCAAGUCCAAGAUCCUUGUGUUCAAUCAAGACAGAGAACAUCUCCAUUGGAUUACCAAAAACAUAGAUAUUCGCUGUUUGAGGAUACCCACUUUUCUCUUGGAAGAAACCAUGCCCAGUUUGAUGACAGCUUAAUAGAGCUGGACAAGUACAGAUACACUAAAAGAAGCAGCCUGCUUUGCCAAGACUCUCCUUUUCAAACAAAUCAUCCUCGCCAAGAACAAUUCUAUGAAAGCUUUAACCGCCUCAAUGGAGUUGCGCUUGAUAGUUAUGAGGGGAUGAUACAAAGAAUGCUAAAACGGACAAGGUUUCCUCAUCUGUACGCUGGAGGAUCACCAGAAAGAGACCGCCUGCUUUGUCAAGACUUUCCAGUUCAAGCUAGUCAAGAACCACUAUUCGAAUGCUCUAACCGCUCGAGUGGAGUUUUUCGUGAAAUUUAUGACUGGGAAGUACGACGAAUGUCAACAAAUACCAGCUUUCGCCAUCCGUACACUGGAGAAUCACAAGAACGAAGCUUCACUAGGCAGAGCAACCACAACAUUCAUCCUCCACAGCACUGGAUACGUUGAUGGAAACAAGGUGACUGAAGAUGAUGAUCACUCAAGAAUCUCUACGGAUGGUGUGUAAUUUAUCUUAUGUGUCUAUCUAUUAGCAUGGCAGUAAGUUAACUACUGACAAGUGUCAACUCGAAACUGUGAUGAUCUCGAUGUGGAGAUGAUAUUUUGGGGGUAAUUUUGUGUGUAUAUUUAGUUUUUGAAGCAUGUAUCCAAGAAAUGGUAGUGACUGUGAGUCUUGCGACUUGCAUUAUCUUAAGGAGAUACUCAUCUUUAUCACU